AUGAUACAAAGGCUAGAAGAUGCAACAUUACCUGCCUAUGUUGAUAUUUCAUUUCGACAAAGUGUGCUGAAAAUACCGUCCGAAAGAACUGCACAGGAUUUGACAAUAAUCAACGGUUAUCUAAAGCAUCUUGAAGCAUUAUCAUCAUUAAGCGAAUCACAUAAAAGAAAUUUGAGCAAAACUGUGCGAUAUGAAUUACAUGAAGCCAAUCGCGUAUUAUUCAGUCGUGGACAAGUGAAUACAUGUUGGUAUAUUUUACUAUCGGGUUCAGUAUUUAUUGAUUCAACAAUGUUCUUACCACGUUCAAGCUUUGGUAAAAGAACGCCUGGUAAUCCGUUUCGUUUACACGAUUGUUUAGUAUUAGAAUCUUCAGAAAUGCUUGUCAUUGAUUAUCCAGAUGUUGAUCAACAUUUAAAAAAAUAUGAUUCAAUAUUAAAAACAAAACACCAACAUUCAUUUUGUGAUAAUCACAACGAUAAUAAUCAGUCUCUUGAUCAUCCAUCACAAUGUUAUCCAGUCGAACCACAAUCACCGUCAGUAGAUUCUUGUCAAUCUGUUCCCGUUACUCUUAAUCGACGAAAAAGUACAAGAACACGUCAGCGAUCAGAUACAGAACAACAUAUUGGAAAAAUUACAAAUGAAAUUGAUACGACUACUAUUGUUCAUUCGACAACAACAAUGAUGACUCAUUCUCGUGCAAGUGAUACAUCAAGUGCCUAUUCUGGAUCGGAUGUUAUGCAAUUAUCAACGACUGGUGAAGAUAUCAUUGAUAAUGGAGAUGAAAUACCUGGUUGUUUGAGUGUGAAUGAAACCGAUGAUGAAUCAGAAGCAUCAUCCGAACGUUCAUUUCCUGUUCAUGAUCAUGUACGUGAAUCAUUGAUGAAAGAAGCAAAUGAACGAACAGAAGAUGAUAUUGAAGCAAUUUUAGAAUUUUUACAACCUUUUCCUGCAUUUCUUGAUCUGUCACUACACGUUCGUCGAGAAUUAUGUAAAGUAUUGAUAUAUGCUCAAGUUGAAAAAGCCAAUACCGUUGUUAUGAAUGAUGGUGAACGAUAUGAUUCUUGGAGUGUGAUUAUUAAUGGUAUUGUGGAUGAUGAAACGACUGAUGGACAAAUAAUACGAACAUUAAAUGUUGGACAAUGUUUUGGUUGUGAAGCGACAUUAGAUCAAUAUUGUCAUACAGGUAUUAUGAAAACAAGAGUAGACGAUUGUCAAUUUGUUGUUGUUGCUCAAAAUGAUUAUUAUGGAAUACUACAUCAGGGAGAAAAAAAUAUACGAAAAAUUAAAGAAGAUGGAAAACUUGUUAUGAUUAAAGAAUUGAGAACAUGUGAAGAUACGUGUGUAUCACGAGAAGUUGUUAUCAAGGGUACUACUGAUAAGUUAUUAGAUUUAUUAGUCGAUGAGAAAUUAAUAACAGAUGAUCCAAAUUAUGUUGAUGAUUUUUUACUUGCUUAUCGUACAUUUAUCCAUGAUCCCAGUCUAAUUACAAACAAAUUACUCGAAUGGUUUGAAUUAAGUCAACAUAGAGAAAAGGUUGCACGAAUUGUUUUAUCUUGGGUGAAUAAUCAUUUUAAUGAUUUUGAAUCAAAUCCAAAAUUGAGUGAAUUUCUUGAAAUAUUCGAUGAACGUUUACAACAUUAUGAAUCAGAAUGCAUGUAUUCUUGGCGUCAAUUACUUAAUCUUGCGUGCUAUACAAAAGCGAGUAUUCGUACAAUUACGUUGACACGAUCAACACGUGAUGAUAUAUUAAAUUUUCAAAUUUUGGGUGGUACUGAACAGUCAAAUAAUGGAAUUUAUAUAUCAAAAGUGGAAAAAAAUUCCAAACCAUGUGAUGCGGGGCUUCGUAGAGGAGAUCAAAUAUUAAGUGUUAAUGGACAAAGUUUUGAUUAUAUAACACAUGUUCGUGCCCUAGAAAUACUUCGUAGUUCAACACAUCUUUCAUUAACAGUAAAAAAUAAUCUUAUGGGCCUUCACGAGAUUGUCAAUCCAGAAAAAUCUCCUGGUAGAAAAAAACGACACGAUAUUAGUUUAUAUGAACAAGAGAUACGCACAAAAUUACAACAAUCACCACCCGUUCGUUCUGCAUCCAUCCCUCUAACAUCAUCAUCACCAUUAUUGCCACCGAACAGUCCAAAUCAACACUAUCAUACACAACAACAAUUCGAUAAUGAUGAAACAAUAAUUAAAUUACCUACCACAACUAUAACACCUAUUAAAAUUACGCAUCAUGAUAAAAAACCAAAACCAUUAGCAAAACGAAUGGGGUUUAAACGAGCAUUGCAAAGAUUUAAAAUAAGUCGACAUAACAAGUAUGUAUGA